AACCGUCCCACUGAUGCAGAGUCUCCACAACUUUUCAUCCAGAGGUUAGCGAGGAAACCCCAACUUCAGGCGGGCUCAAACAUCAUUAUUUUGACGCUUACGGUCCUUCCAUGUUUCGAUAUGAAACGGGACUAAACCCUGCGUUUCGAUUGUCGAAGAUAAGAUCAUGAACUUUGGACUUUCCGCUCGUCUUUUCGUGACAUGUUUCCCGUCGUCCUGGAUCCAAUAAAAUAACAGCUCAGCCCGGCGCGGGGCAGCUGGGCGAAAACUCACGAAGAAAGGGAAAUACCGCAGGAUUUAACCAAAACACACACUUCAGAACUUUAACCUGCCUCCACCAACAGGAAUACACGAAUAAAAUGUCCUCCAAAGCCUCCAAUAAGAGUGCAGCGAUGGAGGAAACUGUAAUCUGGGAGCAGCACACGGUGACUCUUCACAGGGCGCCUGGAUUCGGGUUUGGUAUUGCCAUUUCUGGUGGAAGAGACAACCCUCAUUUUCAAAGCGGCGAGACGUCCAUAGUGAUUUCUGAUGUGUUAAAAGGAGGGCCCGCCGAAGGACUGCUACUGGAAAACGAUCGUGUGGUAAUGGUAAACGCCGUCUCAAUGGACAAUGUGGAGCAUGCCUACGCUGUGCAGCAACUCCGAAAGAGUGGGAAGAAUGCAAAGAUAACGAUCAGAAGGAAGAGGAAAGUGCAGAUCCCUGUGUCUCGGACAGGGGACAGAGAGACUAUGUCAGAGCACGAGGAAGACUCCGACGAAGAAGCCUACGACCAGCGUGACGGUCCAAGUGCCUACGGGGCGAGUGGAGGCACAGGGCGGCGGCCGGAGCGCAGACGGGACCACAGCGCCUCCAGAGAGCGCAGCGUCUCCCCUCGCUCCGACCGAAGAUCCCAAGCCUCCUCUGCCCCGCCCCGCCCCGCCAAGGUCACCCUCGUCAAGUCACGCAAAAAUGAAGCAGAAUAUGGACUGCGGUUGGCAAGUCACAUCUUUGUUAAGGAUAUUUCUCCUGAAAGUCUGGCAGCUCGAGAUGGGCACAUACAAGAGGGAGAUGUCGUGCUGAAGAUAAAUGGCACAGUUACAGAGAACUUAUCACUGAUAGAUGCCAAAAAGCUCAUUGAGAGGUCAAAGGGCAAACUGAAGAUGGUGGUCCAGCGAGACGACAGAGCCACUUUACUCAACAUUCCCGACCUCGACGACAGCAUCCCCUCGGCAAACAACUCAGACAGAGACGACAUUUCAGAAAUCCAUUCAAUAACGUCAGACCAUUCCAAUCGAUCCCCCGGGAGAGGUCGAUCCCGCUCCCCCGACAGAGCCGAGGUGUCAGACCCCCUCCGCCUCUCGCCAAGGCCCAUCAGCAACGGCAGCCACAGGAGUCGAGACGAGGAGCGCGUGUCUAAACCGGGGGCCAUGUCUACACCCGUCAAAAGCUCUGACGACGGGGCGCUGUCCCAGACCAGUGACCAGGCCAGCUCCAGCGGCUUACCCCCUCUGCCUGAACCAAAGCCAGUUUAUGCACAGCCUGGUCAGCCUGACGUCGACCUCCCCGUCAGUCCCACAGACGCUCCUGUGCCCAGUGCGGCCCAUGACGACAGUAUACUCAGGCCAAGUAUGAAGCUGGUGAAGUUCAAAAAGGGAGAGAGUGUUGGUCUGAGAUUAGCAGGAGGCAACGACGUGGGGAUUUUUGUGGCCGGAGUUUUGGAGGACAGUCCUGCUGCCAAAGAAGGACUGGAGGAAGGAGACCAAAUCCUCAGGGUGAAUAAUGUGGACUUUGCCAACAUUAUUAGAGAAGAGGCUGUGCUGUUUCUGCUGGAUCUCCCGAGAGGAGAUGAAGUCACGAUUUUGGCCCAGAAGAAAAAGGAUGUGUAUCGGAGGAUAGUGGAGUCAGAUGUGGGCGACUCCUUCUACAUUCGGACACAUUUUGAAUAUGAAAAAGAGUCGCCGUACGGUCUGAGCUUCAACAAAGGAGAGGUUUUCCGGGUGGUGGAUACACUGUACAACGGUAAACUGGGAUCCUGGCUCGCGAUCCGUAUUGGGAAGAACCAUCAGGAAGUGGAAAGAGGCAUCAUCCCCAACAAGAACAGAGCUGAGCAGCUGUCCAGUGUGCAGUACACGCUCCCCAAAACAGCAGGGGGCGACAGAGCAGACUUCUGGAGGUUUCGUGGGUUGAGAAGCUCCAAGAGAAACUUACGGAAAAGCAGAGAAGACCUGUCGGCCCAACCAGUUCAGACCAAGUUUCCUGCGUACGAGAGGGUAGUGCUGAGGGAAGCUGGGUUCCUCCGGCCUGUGGUAAUUUUCGGGCCCAUUGCAGAUGUGGCCAGAGAGAAACUGGCCCGGGAAGAACCAGAGGCAUUUGAACUCGCAAAAACACAGCAACAACAAGGAGGGGAAAAGAGUGAACCACGAGACGCAGGAACAGACACCAAGAGCUCCGGUAUCAUCCGCCUGCACACCAUCAAACAGAUCAUCGACAGAGAUAAACACGCUGUUCUGGACAUUACUCCAAACGCGGUGGACCGUCUGAACUACGCCCAGUGGUAUCCCAUCGUGGUGUUUCUGAACCCAGACACCAAACAGGGUGUGAAGAACAUGAGAACUCGCCUCUGUCCCGAGUCCAGAAAGAGUGCCCGAAAACUGUACGAACGCGCUCUAAAGCUACGGAAGAACAAUCACCACCUUUUCACCACAACCAUUAACUUAAACAAUAUGAACGACGGCUGGUUUGGAGCUCUCAAAGAAAUCAUCCAGCAGCAGCAGAACCAGCUGGUCUGGGUCUCAGAGGGCAAGGCGGACGGGGCAGGUGACGAUGACCUGGAUAUCCAUGACGACCGCCUGUCGUACCUGUCUGCUCCGGGCAGCGAGUACUCCAUGUACAGCACUGACAGCCGCCACACGUCCGACUAUGAGGACACGGACACGGAGGGCGGGGCUUACACCGACCAGGAGCUGGACGAGCCGCUGAAUGAUGACGUAGGUCCUCCUGCCGAACUUGCCAUCACACGCUCCUCUGAGCCUGUUCGGGACGAGACACCUGUGAUCCAGGAGCCCCCGGGAUACGCCAGCUUCCCCCCACAACCAGAUGCCCUGAACCGCAUCGACCCGGCCGGGUUCAAGGCCCCAGCGCCGCAGCAGAAAGCAGAGGCCGCUGCCGUCCCUAGCAUCCCACAGCAGCCUGAGCCCCUGGCUGAGACAGCGCCCCCUGCUGUUGAUGUUACUGUAAAAACUAUAGGAGUUGUGAGCACUGACCAGGCUCCUGCAGCCCCCCUCAGCCAGCCCAGCCCAGAGACAGGCUCUCUUAGGAGGCCCACCCCAGAGCUAGCUCCCCCUGGUGUCCCAGCAGAGCCUCUGCAGCCUGGACUCAGUUCUGACCCAAAGAUGUUUCAGAAAGAUCCAUACAGUGCUGACACCUCGGGGCGCGUGAGUCAUGGCCUGAAGCCUGCCAGCUACAGCCCCCCACAGGGGUACCACCCAGAGCAGCCGCCCUACAGAGAUUAUGACCAUCCGCCGAGUCGCUAUGACGCCAGCGCGGGAGGCGCCUACACGGAACCCAAGUACAGGAACUAUGACGCGCCGUACGAGAACAACGUGCCUCAUUAUGACCAGCAGCAGUGGAACCCUUACUCCAACUCUCAGAGCUACGACCGGCUGCCCUACGCCGACGAGCCCGUAGACCACUACACCCCCCCGAUCCGCUACGACGAGCCCCCUCCCCUGCAGCCCUUUGACGGACGGCCCCGCUACGGCAAACCCACUGGUCCUGCACCCGUGCGGUUCGAUGAACCCCCUCCCACCGCGUCCCACGACCUGCACUACGACCAGGAUGCUCACCUGAACUCUUACCCCUCAGCUCGCUCCCCUGAUCCCCCCUCACAGCGGCACAACUACAACCAGGGCCCGUCGCUGCAGCAGAAAGGCUUCAAACCUCAGCCGUACAACAGCUCUCCAGUUAACUCCAGUCCCACACCUCCUCCAAAAACAGACAGCCCCUCACCUGCGCCUGUGGAGGCUCUUAAACCUGCACCCACCAGAGACAACAAACCGGACGAAGACCCCGCCAUGAAGCACCAGUCCGUCCUGACCAGAGUCAAGAUGUUUGAGAACAAGCGCUCUGUGUCUGUGGACCGGGUCAGAGAUGCAGGAGAGGCAGCCACCAACAAGACGGCUGGAGUCAUCCCCAAAGCCAACUCUUUGAGCAACCUGGACCAAGAUAAGCCCUACAGACCUCCAGAGUCACAGAAACCCCAGACUAAAGUGGAUGAUAUUGUUCGUUCAAAUCAUUAUGACCCUGAUGAAGACGAGGACUACUACAGAAAACAGCUCUCUUAUUUUGACCGACUUCAGUCUGGUCCCAGCAAACCACAAGCACAAACCAACAACUUUUCAAGGACUGAGUCAGUAGAAAAGAGGUAUGAGCCAGUCCCACAGGUGACGCCUUCGCUGCCACCAGCCACACUGCCCAAACCUGCACCAGAAGUGAAGCCAGCUGUCAGCAAAGAGGACACAGUACAGUCCAACUUCUUGCCUCAUAAGAGUUUCCCGGAGAAAUCCCCCGUCAACGGCACAAGCGACCAGCACUCGAAAACAACCACAAGCACCGCAGGACCACCAGCAUCCAGCUACAACCGCUACGUGCCCAAGCCUUACACCACCUCCGCCAGGCCUUUUGAACGCAAGUUUGACAGCCCCAAGUUCAACCACAACCUCCUGCCCAAUGACAAGACGGAAAUCACAACUAAGGUCCAGAGCACAAGCCCAGUAAAACCUCCGAUUUCACCGCAGCCUCAAAACACGGAUCAUGACAGCGGCGUGGAUACGUUCACUCGCACCAUGGACCACCGCUCCAAAUACCAGCAGAACAAUGUGAACGCCGUGCCCAAAGCCAUCCCCGUCAGCCCCAGCGCUCUAGACGACGAGGAAGAAGAGGAUGAGGGGCACACGGUGGUGGCGACGGCGAGGGGGAUCUUUAACAGUAACGGAGGCGUCCUGAGCUCCAUAGAGACAGGUGUCAGCAUCAUUAUUCCUCAAGGUGCCAUUCCUGAAGGUGUGGAGCAGGAAAUCUACUUCAAAGUCUGCCGCGACAACAGCAUCCUGCCGCCGCUCGACAAAGAGAAAGGGGAGACUCUGCUCAGCCCGCUGGUCAUGUGUGGCCCCCAUGGCCUGAAGUUCCUGAAGCCGGUGGAGCUGCGCUUACCUCACUGUGCGUCUAUGACCCCUGAUGGUUGGUCUUUUGCUCUAAAAUCCUCCGACUCCUCGUCGGGUGAUCCAAAGAGCUGGCAGAACAAGGCUCUCCCUGGAGACCCCAACUAUCUGGUCGGGGCCAACUGUGUAUCUGUGCUGAUCGACCACUUUUAAAAGAUCGACCGGGUGAAGUUACAGACUGUGGAGGGACGAGUCAAGCACAGCAUCCAGUCCUCACAACAAGCAAAAACACGUUUGUAGAAAGAUACCCUUUAAGUGCCAUUUUACUGCAACUACGGCACUGACUUCGAACACUGAAAACCUAUUUUGUGGUGAAAGACUCUCCCCAUCUCAUGUGUUAAUGUGAAAAACAAUGCAUGCCCGACGUCGAUGCAGAUUUCCACUAUAUACGAGGCAUAUUCAGAUGGGUUUGUUCAUUUUACACCAGCGUAAAAAAGCCGUGUAGCUGUAUUUAUACUAUAUAUGCACACGUAUAUAUAGAGAAGUUGUACUUAACUUUCCAGUCAAUAUAUUGUCAUUUUCAUUGACUGAAUAUAUAAUUAUGUAUCUCUUUGUUUUUAACAUUGAGCAGGUUUUAUUGAAGAGAUGAUUGCUGUUGAAGUAAUAUUUUUUUGUCGAAGGAUUGUGCCAGAUGUGCGUGUUUUUUGAGAGGCACGUUUUAAACAAGCUCUUCCGAUAUUUUUCCUUCCUCGUUCCCGCUGUGAAAUAUCGACAGCGACGUCUCCUUCCAGCCUGAUGGAGAUCUAUGCAUGUUCUUUACUCAGGUCACUACUUCCUAAUUCCUAGCUCCUAGCUCCUAGCUCCAACCCUCGAGGACUCUUUACUUUGUGCACUCAAAACACAAAUAAGCAGUGAUGCCUUAUCUGCAGAUUAUUCACUUUUCAAUACAAGUAUAAGUUAUGAAGAUCUGUAUCGGUUGCCAUUUAAAGACCCAUUGUAUAAAUAAUUUUGGGUGCAGCACAUGCUAACAGCUGAUAAUAAACGACUAAAGGUUUGCUCUUCUUUUUUGCUAUGCAUUACUUAAAAUAACGUCAGAAAAGAAGCGGCUGUAAAUAUAACUAGCGUAUUGCCUUGUUUCUUUUUGUUUGUAAAUGAACAUUUUUGUAUCUUUCAUUUUGUAAAAAAACAAAAUUAAGAGAAAACAUGUUUUAAAAAGUGGAAAGAAAGUUAAAGUUGGAUCUCUUUGUAUUCUGGAUAUACCCCCGAGCCUUGAACUUAUUAUAAUCUGUAACAAUAACUACAGUUUUCUACAUAUUCUCAAUGUAAUAAAGUCUAUAAGGAUCAGGAAACGCUUGGGUUAAACUGCAUUUAAAACAUGUUUAAUUUGAAGGGUGUGCUGUCACGUGUCCCCCUCACCUCUUUGUGAUACGGAUGCUGUAUCGUGUGUCCUUAAAUGUAUUUUUGUACUAAUAGACGAUAUAUUACGUAAGGCACACCAGUACUGUCUUAUUUUUAGAUCUAACACAGCUUUAAAUGGACAUUAGAACUUCACGUGUGGCUGACUUUUUCUUUCCUCUCUGCAACACAAUGUUCAGUAUACCACUGUAUUAAUAAAUAAAUCAUUUUUAAAGUAA